CACCAUCGGACGAUCUAAUUGGCAUUCCAAAAAUCAAGACGCACCACGAAUUGCUACAGCUUUGAUCGUUUCUUCUCAAUCCGAUUACAUCGAUCGCGAGAUGGCCAAGCAGAAGUUGGUGCUGAAGGUGUCCAUGGGAGACGCCAAGAAGCGCUCCAGAGCUCUCAAGAUCGCCGUCGGGUUGUCCGGCGUGGUGUCCGCGGCGCUGGACAACGACCGCCUCACCGUGGUCGGCGACGGGGUCGACUCCGUGGAACUGGCCACCGUCCUCAGGAGGAAGAUGGGCGGCGCCGAGCUCGUCAGCGUCGGCUCAGCCGAAGAAAAUAAGAAAGAGGAGAAGAAGUCGCCGGCGGUGGAAGAGUCCAAUAAGAGCGCUUGGCAGCCGGCCCCGGCGAUCUCCUGGACUACGUAUCCUGCAGCCCCGCCGCCGUAUAACAAUUACCGGUACCCUUACGAAAUCGGAGAGGCGGAUCGGGAGGACAAUUGUAGCAUCAUGUAGAGAGAUCUGGAGUAGUACCAUGAUCGAUAAUCCGUGAAGAAUUGAUUUUAUUCAAGGCUGGUGAAACAGUGUGUGGUGCUGCCAUCCACCUUUCUUGCUUUCUCCUUCGAUCUUUCUGAGAAAUAAUGUCACAUAUUUUCCUUUGGAGCAAGCUAAAAGUAGACAUGGAUGUAUACUAUAAGAAUAAACACACUUUCCAUUAUCA